GGGUUAUCUUUCUUUAGACUCUCACUCACUCACUCACUUACUAGUUACUACUAACCGCAUCUCAAAUGAAGUCGUUAGCUUCGCCGCCGUGUCUCCGCCUGACUCCGACAACACGCCGUCAUCUCCACCCGCGUCAACCGUCUUCCGCCUGUUUCACUCACGGUGGAAUCAAAUCCAGUAGCUUAUCAUUCUCCUCAUCCGCAUCUGGUUUCGCGUCAACACUCUCUGUAGUAGAGAAGGAGCUACGCUCGUCGUUCGUGACGGACGCUGUUCGCCACGUCACCGGGUCGCUUAUGAGAGGAGAAGGUCUUAGAUUUGCCAUCGUUGUUGCUCGUUUCAAUGAGGUUGUGACGAAGUUGCUUUUGGAAGGAGCCAUUGAGACUUUCAAGAAGUAUUCAGUCAGAGAAGAAGACAUCCAAGUUAUAUGGGUUCCUGGUAGCUUUGAGAUAGGGGUUGUUGCGCAAAGGCUUGGGAAAUCUGGAAACUUUCAUGCCGUUUUAUGUAUUGGUGCUGUGAUAAGAGGAGAUACUACCCAUUAUGAUGCUGUGGCAAACUCUGCUGCAUCUGGAGUACUUUCUGCUGGCAUCAAUUCAGGUGUUCCAUGCAUAUUUGGUGUACUGACAUGCGAGGACAUGGAUCAGGCUCUGAAUCGAUCUGGUGGCAAAGCCGGAAACAAGGGAGCUGAAACUGCCUUGACAGCGCUCGAGAUGGCGUCGUUGUUUGAGCACCACCUGAAAUAGCUGCUCGUUCCAUGGAUGUGCAAUGAUCACGUAUGAGAACUUGUUUCCUCUGUCGCAUUUGGUUACGAUCCUAUCUCCGAAACUGUACCUCAAAAGAUUGUCAAAAUGUUCUUCUUUUACCAUUGUGUCAAAUACUUUUUGUAAACUUUCUGUCUUUUUUUUUUUUGAAUCCUCUGUAAUAAUAAUAGUUCCUCUGAAUUUUGGGGGCUAUUGAGACCAAUAAAAAUAAAUAUGGUUUUCAUCUGUCA